GAGGGAGCGUGUAGCUAAGGAAAAGAAGGGGGCCAAGGAUGGAGCCUUGGGAUACCCUGCGGGUGACUGGGCGGGAGGAAAAAACGUUUGCCGAGAUGUAUUGUUGGCGGUUUGUUAAGUAGGACUCAAACCAUGCGGUCCCACUGAUGUGGAUGAGGGAGGAGAGUUAAUAGAGGAGGAAGGCAUGACCGACUGUGUCGAAUGCGGCAGAGAAGUCCAGGAGAACGAGGAAGCAGAAGGAGCCCUGGUUACACAGAGAGAGAGGAUGUCAUUUGUUUCGUUGACGAGCACUGUCUCUCUGCUGUGGGCGAGGCGAAAACUGGAUUGGAGGGGUUCGAGUCGGGAGUGGACGGAGUGGUGUGAGCGAAGUUGAUUUGCAACAAUAUGUUCCAAAACUUUGGCCAGGAAGGGCAGGCUUCAGAGGGUCACAGAGAGGAGUUUCAAGGAGAGCAACUGCUACUAUGGCACAUAGGGUCAUUUUCAACAUUGUCAACUUCAGCAAAACCAAGAGUCUGUACAGAGAUGGAAUGGCACCAGUUGUGAAAUCCACCAGCAGGCCAACAUGGCAACGACUUCCAUCAAAAAAUGUGUAUUAUUACCGCUGCCCAGAUCAUCGGAAAAAUUACGUUAUGUCAUUUGCCUUUUGCUUUGAUCGGGAAAAUGAAGUGUACCAGUUUGCUUACUGCUACCCUUACACCUACACCCAACUGCAACGUUACCUGGACAACAUGGAGAAGAGAAAUCUGGAUUACGUUAGGCGAGAAAUGCUGGGUGUCAGUAUGCAACAUCGUCGCCUUGACCUCCUGACCAUAACAAACCCGGGCAAGGGCCUCAAGAGAACAAAUGACUCAAUGGUGUUCAGGGGGAUUCGAGAAUCACAGACAGAAGCAAAUCUCAGUCCAGGAGCAGAACAAAAGGUUGUUUUCAUCACAGCCCGUGUGCACCCUGGAGAAACGCCCGCAUCAUAUGUGUGUCAGGGUGUUAUUGAUUUUCUUAUCAGCCAGCACCCAGUAGCUAAGAUUCUGCGAGAUCAUCUGGUCUUUAAAAUAGUACCUAUGCUGAACCCCGAUGGAGUGUUUUUAGGUAACUAUAGAUGUUCCUUAAUGGGCUUUGAUCUAAACCGACACUGGCAAGAUCCCUCUUGUUGGGCCCAUCCUACACUUUUCGGUGUAAAACAGCUGAUUGUGCAACUGUAUGAUAACCCGAAAGCAAGUGUGGAUUUCUACAUCGACAUCCAUGCUCAUUCAACUAUGAUGAACGGAUUUAUGUAUGGAAACAUCUUUGAGGAUGAAGAGAGGUACCAGAGGCAAGCUGUCUUUCCCAAGCUUCUUUGCCAAAAUGCUGAGGAUUUUUCCUUUUCUAAUACUUGCUUCAACCGAGACGCUGUGAAGGCGGGCACAGGACGCAGAUUUCUUGGUGGCCUUCUGGAUGACACGUCUUACUGCUACACACUGGAAGUUUCCUUUUACAGUUAUAUCAUAGCAGGGACUAACAAUACAGUUCCUUAUACUGAAGAAACCUAUAUGAAACUUGGAAACAAUCUGGCUCGAACUUUCAUGGAUUACUAUAAAUCGAAUAUCAUGGCCACUUUGAGACCUUCAGCUCCUUCGUCUAACUUCAGCCGAGUGAAAUCACCUGGUCUCAGACAGACAAACCGUCACGGCAGUGGAAACAGCACCGAAAACAAGACAGGAGUGAGCGGCGCUCGGGGAAACCAAAUAAAUCGAAAGGAUUUUCGCUCUCAGACAUCAUAAUCGUCUUAUAAACAACUAUAAAAAAGGGAUAAAUGUGGUUAAAUGAAUCAGAAUGAAGCAGAAGAAAUAUUUGUGUGAUUGUAGUCACUUCCAUUUUAAAUCCUAAUACUUAGGGGUUGGGUGUGUUAUCAUUAUCUCAUUGAAGCUCAAAGGUUUAUGUUGCAGAUUUGAAACUUUAUAGGUUAAAUGCAGUAAGUGUUUGAAAGGGAAAAAUGUGCAUCAAUGAAUUUCAAUUCACACAAGUGCCUCCUUCUCAUCUCAGUGUCUCUGUGAGAAGGGAAAUUGAAUGAUAGCUAAAGCAUGAAAAUGACCUUCCCAUGACCUGGAUUAGCAUGUAAAAGAGAAGAGAAACGUCUGUCUGUGAGAUACUAUACUUAAAUAGUUUCAGUAGCUCAAAUUCCGAUUUUUUAAAAAAAAAUUGAAAAGAUAUAUUUAACAACAAAGCUUCCUAAUGGGUUGAGUUUAUCAGUUCUUAUUUUUGUGUGCUGUUACUUUUGAUGAAUAGUUCUGUACGUAAUGGAAGCCAUGUGAAAAGUUGAUAAUUUUGAAAUAAAGUC